AUGCACGUUGUAUUGAUGGUGGCCGAAAAGCCUUCGCUAGCCGAGGCGCUGGCCAAAAUCAUGUCCCGCGGUAGCCACACGUCGCGUCGCGGCAGCAACGGUGCUUGCAGUGUUCACGAAUGGAAUGGUCAAUUUCGUGGUACACCGGUUCGUUUCAAGAUGACCUCUGUCUGCGGUCACGUGAUGACACUGGAUUUCAUCAGCCGUUUCAAUAACUGGGAUGCUGUCGAUCCGGUCGAAUUGUUCACGGCUAAAAUUGAGAAGAAGGAGGCUAACCCCAAGCUGGAUAUGGUGCAUUUUCUGCAAAAAGAGGCAAGAGGUGUAUCCUCGCUAAUCCUCUGGUUGGAUUGUGAUAAGGAGGGCGAGAACAUCUGCUUUGAAGUCAUCGACGCCGUUGCACUAUCCAUGGGACCCCAGGCCAAAAUCUACCGCGCUCACUUCACAGCCGUUACAGACCACGAGGUGCAGACAGCAAUGCAGAAUCUCCGCCAACCGAACAAAAAUGAGGCCCUAUCCGUCGAUGCGCGACAGGAAACCGACCUGCGCAUCGGCUGUGCAUUCACGCGUUUUCAGACCAAGUUCUUCCAGGGCAAAUACGGUGACCUCAAUAGUCGUCUAGUGUCGUUUGGUCCCUGCCAAACUCCCACUCUUGGCUUCUGUGUCAAACGCCACGACCGAAUACAAUCCUUCAAGCCAGAGGAUUUUUGGCGAAUCUCAGCCACGGUUCUUGCCGGUGACCAGGGCCAACGACUUCCAUUGACGUGGAAUCGAGAUCGUUUAUUCGACAAGGAGGCAGCCACGGUAUUCCUCAACGCCGUUUCUGGUGCUGACAAAGCUGUAGUGGUUGACGUGAGUCGCAAAGCGAAGGUGAAACAGCGACCGCAGGGCUUGAACACGGUGGAGUUGCUACGGGUAGCCAGUUCCUCUCUGGGCAUCGGACCACACGCGACGAUGGCCAUUGCCGAACGCCUCUACACCUCCGGCUUCAUAAACUACCCCCGAACUGAAUCCACCGCCUACCCGCCCUCGUUUGACCUCAAGGACCUCUUGCGUCAGCACGCAAAUCAUCCGAAGUGGGGCGACGUGGUGAGCGGCCUGUUGAAGAGUGGCUACACGCAGCCACGGGCCGGUCACAACGCCGGUGACCACCCCCCAAUCGCGCCAAUGCGCUCGACCAAUGAACUAUCGGGCGAUGCGGGGCGCAUCUACGACUACGUCGCACAGCACUUUAUCGCGACUCUCAUGCCCGACUGCAAGUACGAGACGACGACGGUGGUUUUUGCAAUAGGCGACGAGAAAUUCACCGCCUCGUGUUCACGUGUCCUCGACCCGGGCUUUACGCGCAUAUUCACGUGGCAGGCGGUGGAGGAAGACCCCCUACCCGACAGUAUUUUGCACCCCGGCGCGACCCUUCCUCUUGCGGAGAAGCCCAGUCUCGUUCAAGGUCAGACUGGACCCCCAAACUACCUCACCGAAGCGGAACUCAUCACCGCCAUGGAGAAACACGGCAUCGGCACCGACGCCUCAAUCCCCGUCCACAUUGAAAACAUCGUCGAACGCGCCUACGUGGAGAUAAUGCCGGGACGUCGGCUGAAACCCACCCCCCUAGGCAUUGUUCUGGUUCACGGCUACCACUCGAUAGACCCCGAGUUAGUUCUGCCACACAUGCGUCGUGCCGUCGAGGAGGAGUUGAAUCACAUCGCAUCGGGACAGGCCAACUUCCACGACGUCCUCCAAUUCGUCCUGGCCAUCUUCGCCACCAAGUACCGCUUCUUCGUCGAACACAUCAGCUCCAUGGACCAGCUGUUCGAGGUGUCCUUCUCGAACCUGGCCGACUGUGGUAAACCCCUCACUCGUUGUGGCAAGUGUCGUCGCUACCUCAAACUCAUUGACUCCAAACCCCAGCGCCUGCAUUGUCCAGCGUGCACCGACACCUACUCAAUCCCGCAAAACGGGUCAGUGCGACCCUACAAAGAGACCAAGUGUCCGUUGGACGACUUUGAAUUGGUUCUGUGGACCCAGGGGGUGAAGGGCAAGAGCAUGAUAUUCUGCCCGUACUGCUACACAAACCCCCCGUUUCCGGGCCAAUGGCGAAACGUGGGCUGCGCCAACUGCCUCCACCCCAGCUGUCAGUACUCGCUGGCGGUGAACGGGGUCGAUGCGUGCACAGAGUGCGCCAAGGGCACGCUUGUCUUGGACGACGCGCAUGCCCCGAAAUACCGACUCUGCUGCAAUCGGUGCGACGCUAUAGUGACGUUCUCGGACACCGUGAAAAGCGCCUCCAUAAGGAAGGCGACCUGUGAACAGUGUACAGCCCGGCAUCUCACCCUACAAAUCGAUACGACCAAGGUGAAGGCAGAAGUUCCAUCCAAGUUCACUGGUUGCGUGUUCUGUUCGGAGGAGACGUGCAGGCUGCUGUCGGCUCGCAAAGCCACCACCGCCGCCCCCCAAGCCGCACGCGGUCGUGGUUCGCGUGGUGGCCGAGGUGGCGAUCGCAGAGGUGGUGGACGGAGACGCCGAUGA